UUUUUUGAAUUAUCCUAAUGGAAAUCCAAGGAUAAGGGACCACCCUCUUUCUCUCGUUGUAAAAUCAAUGAAAAUCCACACCUAGCCGCUAGCCUGCAACUGAGACUAGUUCCAAUAAGAUUAUAAUCAUGACUUUCAGUUCACUUUUCUCACCAAACUUCACUCCUUUUUCAUCUGCAAGACCAAUUAAGCAUCAGUUAUCUUAUCAUCCUUACCUUCCUUCUACAUCUCUGCAACACAACAAUAUCAGGAGAGAGUUUUUGGUUCCGUAUGUGACUUCGGUUCCUUACCAACCAAUCAAUGUGGACUAUCUGGAGGGAGAAUUCAGUGGCCAUGGUGUCACCUUUGAAGGCAUUGGUGACACUUGUGUUGUCAAGAUGGGAUUGGAUAAUGGCAGCAGAGCUACUUUGAUGCUUCCAAGUGGUUUGAUCACAUCUUACAAGGUUCCGAUGUGGCACAGCGGCACAGUUGAGCUACUGCACACGUCAGUUUCCGAGGGGGAUGAAGGUGAAGCUGUGAUACAAGGAGGGGUGUCUUUAGCACUUAACUGUGAAGAUGAUGAUGAAAUUUCAUGGUCACCUAGUACUUGGGCUCUUCGUGAUGUUAGAGGCAAUUCAAAUGACUCUAUUAAGGUUGAACUGGUAAGCACUGAUUCAGAAAAUAUGGUUGAAACAAGAUAUGUUGUGACACUCCAAGAGGAUGUCUUAACCUCAGAGAUUUCAGUCACAAACACGAAACCAACACCAUUACGCUGGACCGGAUCUAUUAUAAGCCAUCUAACAGUUAGCAGUCCAGAAGCAACAUAUGCACUCGGAUUAGAAGGAUCAAAUUUUCUCACUGUGACACCCUUUUUGUCCAAUUUCGGUAUAAUUCCCCCAAAUCUCGACGAGGAAAACAAUUCCGACAUUGGACAACUAUGGGGUCAAAUGGGACUUAAAAGGUUUUUCAGUGGCUUAGGUCAAAGAAAUCAGAAGGAUGCUAGAGAAGACACAAUGGAGGGUGAAGAAGAUGAUGACUAUAAGCAAUUAAAUGAGCAAAUCAGCAGGAUAUAUACCAGUGCACCUAGAUUCUUUACACUCAUUGACAGGGGCAGAAGAAACUCAGUUGCAGUAGGAAGAGAUGGAUUUGAUGAAAUGUAUCUGUUCAGCCCAGGUUCAAGCCAUGAAAUCUAUGGAGACUAUUCUUACAUAUGUGUAGGCCAGUCAGCUAUGCUCAAACCCAUAAACUUAGGUCCAGGAGAGGUGUGGAGAGGCUGGCAACAAUUACACAAUCCAAAUAUGUAAAACAUAUUAACCAUGCUUUCAUAUGAUUCAUUAAGUG